UUUAUUCCUUGUUUGGCAAAACCCCAAAACCCUAAAAGCCCAAAGUCCUAGCUCUUUUUUCUCGGGUGAAUUUUCUCGGCAUUUCCAUGGAAACUGGGGGUAGCAGUGAAAGCCCUACUGAGCCAAAGAAGACCAAAUCCAAGACAGCUAGAAAGCCCAAAGAAAAUCUUCUCAAGCAGAAAUCUCCCGCGGAGUUCUUUGCAGAGAACAAGAACAUUGCUGGAUUUGACAAUCCAGGAAAAAGUCUUUACACAACUGUGAGAGAACUUGUUGAAAAUUCGCUUGAUUCUGCAGAAUCCAUCUCUGAGCUUCCUGAAGUUGAAAUAACAAUUGAAGAGAUAGGGAAGAGCAAGUUCAAUUCCAUGAUUGGUCUUGUUGAUCGAGAACGUAUUGAUGAGGAGCUGUAUGAUGAUUUUGAGACGGCUAAGGCUCGUGAGAAACGACUAGCCAAGGAAGCUCGUACUCAAGAAUUACAAGCAAAAAAUGCUGCCCUUGGGAAGAAAGUUAAAGAGCCCCAGGCUUCCAAGGGCAUGAAGGGUCGAGGGGAGGCCUCAUUUUACAGGGUGACUUGUAAGGACAAUGGAAGAGGAAUGCCACAUGAUGACAUCCCAAAUAUGUUUGGACGAGUUUUGUCCGGGACAAAAUAUGGCUUGAAGCAGACACGUGGAAAGUUUGGGCUCGGUGCAAAGAUGGCAUUAAUUUGGUCUAAGAUGAGUACAGGACUUCCUAUAGAGAUUUCAUCAUCAAUGAAGGGCCAAAGUUAUAUUUCAUUCUGCCGGCUAGAUAUAGAUAUUCAUCGGAAUAUCCCUCACAUUCAUUUACAUGAAAAACGGGAUAACAAGGAGCGAUGGCGUGGUGCUGAAAUUCAAGUUGUCAUUGAGGGAAAUUGGACGACUUACCGUUCCAAGAUAUUGCAUUAUAUGCGUCAAAUGGCUGUUAUCACCCCUUAUGCUCAAUUUCUUUUUAAAUUUGUAUCGGAUACAUCUGAUAAAAAUGUCACCAUAAGAUUUGCACGAAGAACAGAUAUAAUGCCUCCAGUUCCUGCUGAGACAAAGUACCAUCCAUCAGCUGUUGAUUUACUACUCAUUAAACGCCUUAUUUCAGAAACUUCAAAAGAGAAUCUUUUGCAGUUUCUUCAGCAUGAAUUUGUAAAUAUAGGAAAAUCCUAUGCUGAACGUUUGAUAGGAGAAAUGGGUCCAGAUUUUAGCCCAAAAAUGGCAGUUAAAUCUCUGACCUCUCAGCAAAUUGUUCGCAUCCACCAGUUGUUUCGUCAGGCUAAGUUUGAUGACCCUAGUGGUGAUUGUCUCAGUCCUGCAGGGGAAUACAAUCUUCGUCUUGGAAUUAUAAAGGAGCUGCAUCCAGAUAUGGUAGCAACUUAUUCAGGCAGUGCUCAAGUUUUUGAAGGCCACCCAUUCAUGGUUGAAGCCGGAGUCAGUAUAGGUGGAAAAGAUGUUAAGCAAGGUCUAAACAUUUUCCGAUUUGCAAACCGGAUUCCUCUUCUCUUUGAGCAAGGUGCUGAUGUUGUUACCAGAACCGCCUUGAAAAGAAUCAACUGGAAUAGUUACAAGAUCAACCAGGCACAAGAUAAAAUUGGUGUGUUUGUGAGCAUUGUAAGCACAAAAAUCCCCUUUAAAGGAACAGGAAAGGAAUAUAUUGGAGAUGAUAUAAGUGAAAUUGCUUCUGCUGUUAAGUCUUCUAUUCAGCAGUGCUGCAUCCAGCUGAAAUCCAAAAUAGUGAAGAAAAUUCAGGCUCGUGUGCAGCAGGAAAGAAAACGAAAUUUAAGCAAGUAUAUUCCUGAUGCUACAGGUGCUAUAUAUGAUGUCUUAAGAGAAAUGGCACAGUUGCAUGCAUCAAAGAAGAAACGUUAUGAAGAUGAGGAUGCAGAUGUACUAAGGAAAGUUUCAACUCAUUCAAUUACAAAACAGACACUGAGUGAAAAACUUGCUAAACACGUUGAACAGGUAGACUACGAGAUGGCGUUGGAGUAUGCUACACAGAGUGGAGUAAGCGAGGAACCAAGAGAAGCUAUAUACGUACAAUCACUGGAAGAUGGGAAGAACUUCAUUGACUUCCAUAGCCCUGUCUUUGCCUUCAGACUCUACCAGUAGGACUUUCUUUCUUCCAUCAAUCCUUCAACCUGUUCUGGUUCCUGUCUGGCUCACUGAUAGAAAACAAAGAAAGGUCAUUAACUACUUAAAUUCCAAUUUUUAUAAUUCAAUAUUCCUUGUAUCCCACAAGGGAAACUGAAUGUAAGUCUAUAACAUAAGCUUGAUGCUACAAAGCAGUCCAGAGAUCUUCAUAUUCAAUCUGUUGGUUCUGGUUUCACAUGAUGUAAUCGCAGUUUUGUUUAUUUAUGUGGGAAAUUUUUGACAA